UUCAUUCCCCAUAACCCACCGAAUAACGGCAUGCAUACAGAUGGCCAAUAGAACCUGUUCCCUGAGAAUUAAGAGGCGUAAGGAUACUUCCCACCGCGCACCAGCCAGCCAGUUAGUUGCCAACUAACCAACAGCAGUAUAAUCAAUAAUGCCAAAAUCAAAGGAAGAUCUGUCAUCCUCUCCUGGAAGUGACUCUGACAGUGAAGUGGAGACAAAGGCUAAGAGGAAGAAGCCAAGUGAACCAGAGAAGCCAGCAAAGAAACCAAAGCCUGGAGAGAGCUCCCGGGGAGGUGCAUCUUCCAAAGGUGACAGCAAUGAAGACAACAUGUUCCAGAUUGGGAAGAUGAGGUACGUCACUGUUCGGGACUUCAAAGGAAAAGUCCUGAUUGACAUCCGCGAGUACUGGACCGACCAGGCGGGGGAAAUGAAGCCAGGGAAGAAAGGCAUUUCCCUGAGUGCGGAACAGUGGAUGCAGCUGAAAGAACAGAUGUCCGAUAUCGACGACGCCGUGAAGAGACUGUAAACCCCUUUGAUAUUUGUUUAGAAGUUGAGCUUAUUUUGCGUUUUUAGAUUUUGCCGCCAACGUUUAUACUGGCAGAAGGGUUUUCUAACAGACUGAUUUUUUUUUUUUUAAGCCCCAUGAAUCUUUACAGUUCAACUGAAUUUAGAAUAUUUUCUGCAUGUGCUGUGUAGUGUGUUCUGUGCAAUGCCAGUGGGGUACCAUGUCAUUUUUGGGCUGCUCAAUGAAGGGGGAGGGAGGGGGGAGAAAUUGGGAUGGGGUACAAUUGUUAGUGUUCAAUAAAGCCAAUAAAUGGGCUCCACUUUAAAAUGUU